GUUCCAUCUGAAGUGAACGACAAAGCGUUGUUCUCCGUAAUCUGGCUGCACUUUAACUGGGUGUUGUACUGUGUCUGUCAGGUGCUGUUCCUCCUCCGAGCUGAGCCGUUCCAUAAAAGCUCCUUGUUCUUGACCAGUGCUACUUCAGCGCCGCGAAGGUGACAGAGCAAAGAUGAAGCUUUUAUUUUUAAGCCUCUUCAGCCUGUUUGUUUUAACAUCCUUUGACCAAGUCGAAUCAUCGUACUAUGACAAAAUAUUGAUGCAUAGUCGUAUACGAGCAAAGAAAGAGGGACCUAAUAUGUGCGCCCUUCAGCAAGUUGUCGGCACUAAAAAGAAGUACUUCAGUACUUGCAGAAACUGGUAUCGCAAGUCCAUCUGCGGCAGAAAAACGACCACCCUGUAUGAAUGCUGCCCAGGAUACAUGAGAUUUGAAGGACUGCUUGGGUGCCCUGCAGCUGCCGCUAUUGAUCAUGUCUAUGGUACUUUGAGCAUUGUGGCUGCCAGAGAAACAAAGAGUUAUGCAGAUAGAUCCAACCUAAGGGAAGAGAUCGAAGGAGCCGGGACUUACACAUUCUUUGCACCAAGUGACGAAGCCUGGAAUUUGCUGGAGUUUGACAUACGUGAUGCACUGCUAAGCAAUGUGAAUAUUGAACUCCUCAAUGCUUUACACUACCACAUGGUGAAUUACCGCUUAUUAACUAAGAGUAUGAAGAAUGGAAUGACUGUUCCCUCAAUGUACAAUGACCUCAAAAUUCUCAUCAAUCAUUAUCCAAAUGGGGUUGUUACAGUGAACUGCGCAAGAAUAAUUUAUGCAAAUCAAAUUGCAACUAAUGGCGUCGUUCAUGUAAUUGACCGAGUUAUUACGUCAGUCAGUAAUACCCUAGAGGAAGUCAUUGAAGAUACCGAUGAGCUUGGAACUUUUAGGGCUGCUGCAGCUGUUUCAAGGCUGUUUGAAACCCUUGGCAAAGGUGGCUAUUACACAAUCUUUGCUCCAACCAAUGAAGCCUUUGACAAACUUGAUCGAGGUGCUCUAGAACGCAUUAUGAGUGACCCCGUGGCCCUGCAAGCUCUAAUGAAUUACCACAUUCUUGACUCUGUCCAGUGUUCUGAAGCUAUCAUGCAUGGUUCAGCAUACACGACCUUGGAAGGAUCAAAUAUAGAGAUUGGAUGUGACGGUGAUAGUCUGACUAUUAAUGGAUAUCAGAUGGUAAAUCGUAAAGACAUUAUGACAACUAAUGGUGUGAUCCACUUAAUUGAUGAAGUGCUGAUUCCCGAUGCAGCUAAGCAGGUUCUUGAAUUGACAAGCAGCAAGCAAACAGUAUUUCGUGACUUUCUGGUAAAAACUGGAAUUUCUACUACUUUCACUGAAGGAGCCUACACCUUAUUUGUUCCUUUCAAUGAAGCUUUCACUGAGGAAAUUAGGAGCUAUGAUCAGCGAUAUCUGAAAAGAAUCCUACAAAAUCAUAUUCUGAAAGUAAAAGUGGUCCUCAAUGAGUUGUACAAUGGACAAAGACUAGAGACAAUUGGAGGGAAUCUCCUCAGAGUUUUUGUCUACCGCACUGCAGUUUGCAUUGAGAAUUCUUGCAUGUACCGUGGCAGUAAGGAGGGAAGAAAUGGCGUGUUGCACUCAAUAAAAAAGAUCAUUUUUCCUGCAGAGAAGUCGAUUAUGAAAAUUCUGAGAGAGAAUUCCCGCUUUAGCAUUUUCCUGCGUCUCGUAGAAGCUGCUGGGUUUACUGAAAUACUCAAGGAAGGAACAGACUGGACGUUAUUUGUUCCAACCAAUGAUGCAUUUGCCAGCCUUUCAAAAAGUGAGAUAGAUCAAUUGAUGAAAAACAAAAAUAUUCUCAGGCACAUCAUAUUUUAUCACCUCCUUAAUGGAGUUUACAUUGGAGGAGGUGUUGAAACUGGAGUCACCAAUGUGCUGAAGUCAUGGCAGGGCAGCAAAGUCAUGGUAAAAAUGCUGAACAAUACAUUGAUGGUGAAUAACAUGAAGACCAAGCAAUCCGAUUUUAUGGCCAGCAAUGGUGUUAUUCAUGUAGUCAACACUUUACUCUUUCCAAAAGAUCUGCCUGUUACAAAUGACAAUUUGCGGAGAAUUCUCUCAAAACUAGUCAAGACUAUAGAGAUACAGCUUAUCCCAAGUUAUACCUAUCACAGGAUCGAAAUGCCUAUUAUCACUCGUUUUAUUAAGGUCAUACAACCAGAUAUCAGACAGAUUGGAUCAAGCAUUACCAAAGAAGUGAUUCCGUAUGAAACUAAGGUCACAGAAAUUACAAGAGUUGUUACAACUAAACCAGAAAUAAGAGUAUUUAGUGGAAAGGUCAUUCAAAGCGGAACAAGUGAUGCUGAUGCUUUGGCCCUUUCCAAAGUUAUUGAAAGAGGAACACGGUACAGCAAGGUCACCAAGAUAAUAGAGGGUGAUCACAAAAUGCUUGAGGAUGAAGAACUCAAAAAACUGGUUCACGGAGGUAGGACUGAACUUAGUCACAGAAGCACUGCAGUUGGGAUAAGAAGGACAAGGAACACAAUGAAGAGACUCCCAAACAACAAGUUACAGGGUUAAAGAAGAUAUGAAAUUUUUGCUCUGAAAACGGAGGACAUCCAACCAAAGAAGAAGAUCUUAAGUUUGAGGCUUAGCCGAUAGCAAUUUCAGAUGAGAAGGAUGUCAAGUUUUGCACAUGUCACAAAAUUCCCAUCAGUUCACAUGAAUGUUGAAUAACAAAAAAACAAA